GCGGAGCGCUCGGCGGGCACCAGCCAUGGGGUGUAGUGAGGUGAGGGCAUUGCUCUGGAGAGUCGGCCUCUUCCUCCCCCUGCUGACAGCGCGCCCCGCCGCCGCCGGGCACGUCGCCAGCAACCACGUUGUGUUACUUGAUACUACAACUGCCCUCGGAGAACUAGGAUGGAAAACAUUUCCCUUAAAUGGGUGGGAUGCCAUAACUGAAAUGGAUGAACACAACCGUCCCAUUCACACUUACCAGGUGUGCAAUGUGAUGGAGCCCAACCAGAACAACUGGCUGCAAACCAACUGGGUCUCCCGCGACGCCGCGCAGAAAAUCUACGUGGAGAUGAAGUUCACCCUGAGGGACUGCAACAGCAUUCCCUGGGUGCUGGGGACCUGCAAGGAAACGUUCAAUCUCUACUACAUGGAGUCAGAUGAGCCUCACGGAGUAAAAUUCAAACCAAACCAGUACACUAAAAUUGAUACCAUAGCUGCUGAUGAGAGCUUUACCCAGAUGGACUUGGGCGACCGCAUCCUCAAGCUCAACACCGAAGUUCGUGAAGUUGGGCCGAUCAACAAGAAGGGAUUUUACCUUGCUUUUCAGGACAUUGGAGCAUGCAUUGCUUUGGUGUCAGUCCGUGUGUAUUACAAGAAGUGCCCUUUCACGGUCCGUAAUUUGGCCAUGUUUCCUGACACCAUUCCACGGGUGGAUUCUUCCUCGCUGGUGGAAGUACGGGGCUCCUGCGUGAAGAGCGCGGAGGAACGGGACACCCCAAAGUUGUAUUGUGGGGCAGAUGGGGAUUGGCUGGUGCCUCUGGGACGAUGCAUCUGCAGUGUGGGGUAUGAAGAACUGGAUGGUUCCUGCCAUGCUUGCAGGCCUGGAUUCUAUAAAGCAUUUGCUGGAAAUGUGAAGUGCUCCAAGUGCCCUCCACACAGUUUGACUCAUAUAGAAGCAACUUCUGUCUGUCAGUGUGAGAAAGGUUAUUUCAGAGCUGAGAAGGACCCACCAACUAUGGCAUGUACCCGGCCACCUUCUGCUCCGAGGAAUGUGGUUUUCAACAUCAACGAAACAGCUCUGAUGCUGGAGUGGAGCCCCCCGAGCGACACUGGAGGAAGGAAGGAUCUCACCUACAGCGUCAUCUGCAAGAAGUGCGGGUCGGACGCCAGCCAGUGCGAGAUCUGCGGGGGAGGCAUCCGCUUCAUCCCCAGGCACACGGGGCUCAUCAACUCCUCCGUGACCGUGCUCGACUUCGUGUCGCACGUCAACUACACCUUCGAGAUAGAGGCCACCAACGGCGUCUCGGAGCUCAGCUUCUCCCCCAAGCAGUUCACAGCCAUCACGGUCACCACAGACCAAGAUGCACCCACCUUGAUAGGGAUGGUAAGGAAGGACUGGGCUUCCCAAAACAGCAUUGCCCUCUCCUGGCAAGAGCCGGACUUUCCCCAUGGAGCAGUUCUGGACUACGAGAUCAAGUACUAUGAGAAAGAGCAUGAGCAGCUCAGCUAUUCCUCCACAAGGUCCAAGGCUCCAAGUGUUAUCAUCACAGGUCUCAAGCCAGCCACCAAGUACAUAUUUCAUAUCAGAGUCAGGACGGCAGCAGGAUACAGCGGCUAUAGCCAGAAGUUUGAAUUUGAAACUGGAGAUGAAACUUCUGAUAUGGCUGCAGAGCAGGGACAGAUUCUUGUGAUUGCCACUGCUGCUGUUGGUGGAUUCACUCUCCUGGUCAUCCUCACUUUGUUCUUCCUCAUCACUGGCAGAUGCCAGUGGUACAUAAAGGCCAAAAUGAAAUCUGAGGAGAAAAGAAGGGCUCAUUUGCAAAAUGGACACUUACAUUUCCCAGGACUCAAAACAUACAUAGAUCCAGACACGUAUGAAGACCCAUCUCUUGCUGUCCAUGAGUUUGCCAAGGAGAUUGAUCCUUCAAGAAUUCGUAUUGAAAGAGUCAUUGGGGCAGGGGAGUUUGGAGAAGUGUGCAGUGGACGUCUGAAGACACCAGGAAAAAGAGAGAUCCCUGUUGCCAUUAAAACUCUGAAGGGUGGCUAUAUGGACAGGCAGAGGAGAGAUUUCCUGAGGGAGGCGAGUAUCAUGGGACAGUUUGAUCACCCAAAUAUCAUUCGCCUUGAAGGAGUUGUUACAAAGAGAUCCUUUCCGACCAUUGGUGUGAAGUCUCUUUCGAGAUUCCUGAGGGCGGGAUUUUUAAAUAGCAUCCUGGCCUCACAUCCAGUGGCAGGGGGUGGAUCUUUACCCCCCAGCAUUUCCUCUGGCAGACCAGUAAUGAUUGUAGUUGAAUACAUGGAGAACGGAUCCCUUGACUCCUUCCUGCGGAAGCACGAUGGGCACUUCACAGUGAUCCAGCUGGUUGGAAUGCUGCGGGGGAUUGCCUCUGGCAUGAAGUACCUGUCGGACAUGGGCUACGUGCACCGGGACCUGGCAGCGCGGAACAUCCUGGUCAACAGCAACCUCAUGUGCAAAGUCUCAGAUUUUGGCUUGUCACGGGUGCUGGAGGAUGACCCCGAAGCCGCCUACACCACAAGUGGUGGGAAGAUCCCCAUCAGGUGGACUGCUCCCGAAGCCAUCGCUUACCGCAAGUUCUCCUCAGCCAGCGAUGCGUGGAGCUACGGAAUUGUCAUGUGGGAGGUGAUGUCCUACGGAGAGAGGCCCUACUGGGAGAUGUCCAACCAGGAUGUUAUACUGUCCAUUGAAGAGGGCUACAGGCUUCCAGCUCCCAUGGGCUGCCCAGCUUCCCUUCACCAGCUCAUGCUUCACUGCUGGCAGAAGGAGAGGAACCACCGUCCCAAGUUCAGUGACAUUGUCAGCUUCCUGGACAAGCUGAUCCGCAACCCCAGCACCCUUCACACCCUAGUGGAGGAUGUACUUGUAAUGCCAGAUUCACCUGGUGAAGUUCCAGAAUAUCCUUUGUUUGUUUCAGUCAGUGACUGGCUGGAUUCCAUAAAAAUGGGUCAGUAUAAAAAUAACUUCAUGGCAGCAGGUUUCACAACUUUGGAUAUGGUUUCAAGAAUGAAUAUUGAUGACAUUAGAAGAAUUGGAGUUGCACUCAUUGGACACCAGAGACGAAUAGUCAGCAGUUUACAGACUUUGCGGUUACACAUGAUGCACAUACAAGAGAAAGGAUUUCAUGUAUGAAAGUAAUAGAACAACUGUGUUUUGUGCCUCAGCAUUUCUAAAAUGGAAAAAUAUUCUCAUUCUUCCCUCCUGCUCUUCCCAACUUCAAGAACUGCAGUCUCCAGUUCAGACUAUACAAGUACUUCUAUGUUAAUGCUUCCAAACCGGAAUUUUUAAUCACACUGCACAGCUCCUUCGCCAGUUCUCUGCCAAUAAAAUCCUGGCCUACUGCAAGACUCUUGCUACACAUUGAUGAAUUACUCAGCAUGGAUGUGUAACUUUGUAUAACAGUAUUUGGGAAACUUUCAUAGACUGACUUGAAAGCAGUAAUCUAUUUGGCCUGGUGUGGCUUCUUUAUCGAUGUAUUUAGA